GGUGGUGGCGGUGGCGGUGGUGGUGGUGGCGGUGGUGGUGGUGGUGGUGGCGGUGGUGGCGGUGGUGGUGGUGGUGGCGGUGGCGGUGGUGGUGGUGGCGGUGGUGGUGGCGGUGGCGGUGGCGGUGGUGGUGGCGGUGGCGGUGGCGGUGGUGGUGGUGGUGGCGGUGGCUGUGUUGGCGGUGGUAGUGGCGGUGGUGGUGGUGGCGGUGGUAAGCGGUGCGGUGGUGGCGGUGGUGGCGGUGGUGGUAGUGGUGGCGGUGGCGGUGGUGGCGGUGGCGGUGGCGGUGGUGGCGGUGGCGGUGGUGGUGGUGGCGGUGAUAGUGGCGGUGGUGGUGGUGGCGGUGGUGGUAGUGGUGGUGGUAGUGGCGGUGGUAGUGGCGGUAGUGGGCCAGGCACAGCCCCGCCAUUGAAUGCGCCGUGGAGGCCGCUGCGAUUCCGAGUGAACGGCGAAGACGACGAGGAGGAGGAAUGUUAA